UCUAUUCAAUCCCUCAUUCCAUAGUUUUCUUGUCUUUCUUUCUCACUCCGCCAACACGUCUUGACUUACCAUCUCACAUCUCAUUCCUAUUUUCCCCAGAUCAUAAACACAUAACAUCAAGCUGAUCAAGAAACUGAUUCUGAAUGCAGACACAGCAAACAAAUGGCACACACUUGCACAUAAGGAGGGAGGGCAACUUUGUUAACAAGAUUUUUCACUACCUUUUCUACUUACAGUUUGCUCUCAUCGGGAUUCUGGCGUGUUAUCUAACAGUCUCUGGUUUUGUCUCAUCGGCUGCCAAGUCCCAUCGUUUCCACCCGAAGGAAUGGAACCUUCCAGUCAUCUCUUCCACUGCCUGUGCAGGAAUAGUAGCAUUUUUAUUUCAAGAAUUUACCAGUUUGGAUCCUUCAAGAGUCAUCAAAGCUGCAUUCUGGCUUGGUCCUUUUCUUACCUGUGGGUUCGGGAUUUUGCUCAUUUCCAUAGAAACUCCUGGGAGUAUUGCAGUAGCCAUAUUUGCUUUUGUUUGUUCCUUCGUCCAAUCCCUAUAUGCAUGUUGGAUUAGUUCAAGGCUCAAGCUUGCCAACAGGAUAGUAUCGAUUUCUAUAGAAAAUCGCCCUCUGAAAGUUAGAGCUAUAGUAAUUUUCUCGAUAAUUACCUGUGCUCUUUAUUCAGUUUUCUUGCUCUCUGGCAUUGGAGGAGCCACUGCAGGUAGAGCAAAGAUCCUCCCACUAUUUGUAGUCCUGAUCCUGUUGAGCUUUAUAUGGACAAUGCAAACUGCAAAAAACAUGGUGUAUGUCACGAUAUCUCACGUAGUAUACAUGCAAUUUGCAAGCGCAGAAGCAAUAGAUAUAAAAACAGCAAUGAAAAACACAAUCAAACACUCAAUGGGCAGUAUAUCCAUAGGCUCAAUUACAGUACCAGUUAUCGGCGUCAUUACAGGUUUGGCUCGAGCAGUGAACUUGAUUUCGGGAGAUGUGGAUGAGUUCAUGUUUUCGUGUGCAAACUGCUGUUCAGGGGUUGCAGCAAGGCUCAUAUUGUAUGGAAAUAAGUGGGGAUUUGUGCAGGUAGGGGUAUACAAUAAAGGGAUUGUGCAGGCAUCGAUGGAUACAUGGGAAAUGUUUAAGAGAUUCCGGAUGGAAAAGCUGAUAGAUUCUGACCUUACCAGUUCAUUCUGCUUCCUGUGUGGUGUGGCGACAGGAUCGACUUGUGCACUGGUUGGAGGUACUUGGGCACUCAAGAUCCACAAGGCCUACGCAACCGAAGUCUCUCUGUACACAUUCUUAACUGGAUAUUUCAUGGGUAGGGUAGCAAUGGCAUGGAUACAAGCUAGCGUUGCAGCUUACUAUGUGGCAUAUACAGAAAACCCCCAAAGCCAGCAAUUUGACUCUACUAUUCUGGAUUACAUUCAGGAGCAACAGAGAUUAGAAGCAGAACAUUCACAAUAA